AUGGGAGCAGGAGCCAGUGCAGAGGAGAAACACUCCAGGGAACUUGAGAAGAAGCUGAAGGAGGAUGCCGACAAGGACGCCAGGACCGUCAAGUUGCUGCUACUGGGUGCGGGUGAAUCAGGCAAAAGCACAAUUGUCAAACAGAUGAAAAUUAUCCACCAAGAUGGUUACUCUCUUGAAGAAUCCUUGGAGUUCAUCGUAAUCAUUUACAGCAACACCCUACAGUCUAUCAUGGCUAUUGUGCGAGCUAUGACUACACUAAACAUCGGCUAUGGAGACCCGGCCCAGCAGGAUGAUGCCAGAAAGCUGAUGCACCUGGCAGACACCAUUGAGGAGGGAAGCAUGCCAAAGGAGAUGGCUGAGAUCAUUCUGCGUCUCUGGAAGGAUUCGGGCAUCCAGGCCUGUUUCGACAGGGCCUCCGAAUACCAGCUCAAUGACUCUGCUGGAUACUAUCUGAAUGACUUGGAGAGGCUGAUCCAGCCAGGCUACGUCCCCACUGAGCAGGACGUGCUGCGAUCAAGAGUCAAGACCACUGGUAUCAUUGAGACCCAGUUCUCCUUCAAGGAUCUCAACUUCAGGAUGUUCGACGUGGGUGGCCAGCGCUCAGAGAGGAAGAAGUGGAUCCACUGCUUUGAAGGCGUGACCUGUAUCAUAUUCAUCGCUGCUCUGAGUGCAUACGACAUGGUGCUGGUGGAGGAUGAUGAAGUGAACCGAAUGCACGAGAGUCUCCACCUCUUCAACAGCAUCUGCAACCACCGCUACUUUGCCGCCACCUCAAUCGUACUCUUCCUCAACAAGAAAGAUGUCUUCAUCGAGAAGAUCAAGAAGGCUCACCUCAGCAUGUGCUUUCCUGACUAUGAUGGCCCCAACACCUAUGAGGAUGCCGGUAAUUACAUCAAGCUGCAGUUCUUGGACCUCAACUUGCGACGAGACAUCAAAGAAAUCUACUCCCAUAUGACGUGUGCCACAGAUACAGAGAACGUCAAGUUUGUGUUUGACGCCGUCACCGACAUCAUCAUCAAGGAAAACCUCAAGGACUGCGGUCUCUUCUAA